CGCCCGGCUCUGCCAGGCAUGGGCCACCCACUGGAAAGGCAGCAGCAGCAGCAAGGAGGAAGCCGGUCUUCGCCCCCAGCCCUGCCCUCCGUCAGAAGCAGCUUCCCGCGGCAUGGACGGCGGCAGCAGCAGCAGCCCUCCGACUGCCUGACUGGAACCGCCGCCGCCGCCGCCGCCGAGCAGGGCUGGUUCCUGAGAGGAGGAGGAGGAGGAGGAGAGGAAGAAGAAGCGGGUCUGCAUUGAGCCGCCAGCAGGCGGGAUUGCGUCGCUCUCGCCACACGCCCACCGGCCGCCCCGCCGCCCGCCCGCCGCCGCCGUCGAACUUGUUGCUGAGGGGAAGCGGCGGGAAGAAGGGGCGGGCGGAGGAGAAGCCUCUCGCGGAGAGAGGUGGGGGGGGGAGAGACGCACGCGCGCCCGCCACCUCCAUGCCAAACGGGGCGCCCCGGCCACGAGGCGACUUCGCCAGACUGGAUUAUUUCUAAAAAGAACCCCUGGGCAUACCAGUAGCAACUUACACCAUGGCAGCAGGAGUAGCAGCAUGGCUGCCAUUUGCUCGGGCAGCUGCUAUAGGAUGGAUGCCGGUGGCCACAAACCCCAUGCCGACUGCCCCUCGCCAAGAGAGGAAGCGUAGCCAGGACUCUCUGAUUGUGCUGAAUGUCAGUGGCACCCAGUUCCAGACCUGGCUGGAUACCCUGGAACGCUAUCCUGACACGCUGCUGGGCAGCUCAGAAAGGGAUUUCUUCUACCAUCCUGAGACGCAGCAAUACUUUUUCGACCGGGACCCUGACAUCUUCCGACACAUCCUCAAUUUCUACCGAACAGGGAAGCUACACUACCCGCGUCAAGAGUGCAUCUCAGCCUAUGAUGAGGAGCUGGCCUUCUUUGGUAUAAUCCCUGAGAUCAUUGGUGACUGCUGCUAUGAGGAAUACAAGGACCGCCGGCGGGAAAAUGCCGAACGUCUUCAGGAUGAUGCUGAUCAGGAUAAUGCCGAUGAAUGCAAUCUGCCCUCCAUGACAGCCCGGGAGAGGAUGUGGCGGGCCUUUGAGAAUCCACACACCAGCACACUGGCCCUGGUAUUUUACUAUGUUACGGGCUUCUUCAUUGCCGUCUCCGUCCUUGCCAAUGUAGUGGAGACAGUACCCUGUGGGCUAAGUCCUGGUACCAUCAAGGAGCUGUCCUGUGGAGAGCGCUAUGAUGUGGCUUUCUUCUGCCUGGAUACGGCCUGUGUCAUGAUCUUCACAGUUGAGUAUCUGUUGCGUCUAGUGGCUGCCCCGAGCCGUUACAAGUUUGUGCGUAGUGUCAUGAGCAUCAUUGAUGUAGUGGCCAUUAUGCCCUAUUACAUUGGUCUUGUGAUGACCAACAAUGAGGAUGUCAGUGGGGCCUUUGUAACACUGCGUGUCUUCCGUGUAUUCCGGAUCUUUAAGUUUUCCCGCCACUCGCAGGGUUUGCGCAUCCUGGGCUACACUCUGAAAAGCUGUGCAUCAGAGCUUGGCUUUCUCCUCUUUUCUCUCACUAUGGCCAUCAUAAUCUUUGCUACGGUCAUGUUCUAUGCUGAGAAAGGCUCAACGUCCACCAAAUUCACCAGCAUCCCUGCAGCUUUCUGGUAUACCAUUGUCACUAUGACCACCCUUGGGUAUGGUGACAUGGUGCCGAAGACAAUCGCUGGGAAGAUCUUUGGCUCGAUUUGUUCCCUGAGUGGGGUCUUAGUCAUUGCCCUUCCAGUUCCUGUGAUUGUCUCCAAUUUCAGCCGCAUCUACCAUCAGAACCAACGGGCAGAUAAGCGCAAGGCACAAAAGAAAGCCAGGCUCGCUAGGAUCCAUGCUGCGAAGAGUGGGACUGCCAACGCAUACAUGCAGAGCAAAAGGAACGGCUUGCUCAGUAACCAGUUAUGCGGUGAUGAACAAGAGGCCUUUGUUAGCAAAUCUGGUUCUUCCUUUGAAAUCCAGCACCACCACCUGCUGCACUGUCUGGAAAAAACCACGAAUCACGACUUCCUGGACGAACAAACCUACGAAGAAAGCUGCAUGGAGGUGUCCGCUGCCAACAGGCAGUCCAGCCAUAGUCCUUCCCUCUCUUCUCAACAUGGAGUGACGAGCUCCUGCUGCUCACGGAGACAUAAAAAGACAUUCCGCAUCCCAAACACUAACCUAACUGGCAGUCGCCCAAGUAGUGUCCAAGAACUCAGUACCAUUCAGAUCAGAUGCAUGGAAAGAACACCUCUGUCGAACAGCCGAUCCAGUUUAAAUGCCAAAAUGGAAGAGUGUGUUAAACUAAACUGUGAGCAGCCUUAUGUAACCACAGCAAUAAUCAGCAUUCCAACACCGCCUGUGACUACACCGGAGGGAGACGAUAGACCGGAAUCUCCAAGGUACUCAGGAGGAAACAUUGUGAGAGUAUCUGCUUUAUAAAACAGUUAGAAUAAAGACCACUCGGAAGCUGCGGCCAAGAGCAUAAGAUCCCGAAGAAAGAGGGACACGACAACUCUUUGUUCAGUGGAAUGGCAAACAAGAAAAAGAAAGAAAAUUUGAGUUUCUGGAGAUGCAAAACAUUUGGGGUUUUCCAUAUUGAACUGUGAGCUUUGGGCAACCAAAUGGAAUUUCUACACAUCACUUGAACUUUUCUGGAGCAAACUCUUCUGUGACUCUUUUGAUUUACUCUAUGAGCACAAUGAAAGGUCUCCCAUUGAUGCUUCUUCUUACCAUGAAAAAUCUUUUUGAUAAAAUAUCUUAAAAAAAAACAAAAAACAAAAAUGCACCUGGCAACCCACCAGUCAGACAGUUCCAAAUGAAUGCAAAACCAAGACUGGAAAUGAAGUUUUGAUAAUGUGUCCUCCUUUUUCCUGUUGAUAAACCAUGAACCCAUAACCAAGUGAGUUUAAAAGAGAUAGUGAGAAAAUGGCUCAUACAAUAUUUGUAUCAAUUGAAAGAAACACAACCAUAAUGCAUGUGAAAAUUCUUUGGAGCUGUGAUCUGAGUUUACUUCUGUUGUUUAUUUCAGGUUAGGCAUGAUAACAUUUUACUGUAGAAAAGGGACAUUUCUGUGCACUUACAAAAAACUGAUUGUUAAUGUUCCAUGGUUGUGCAAAUAACUUCCUUUCUUGUGGGGGAAAUGAAGUAUUUCUCACUUGAAACAUGCAUUAGUGAACUUGAGGUGUUCAGUUAGUUUAGCAUCUAUCAUUCUUUUCGCUUGCUUCCUUGGUACUGUUACAACUGCAAUAAUUCAACAUACACCUGUUGUAUCAGGAAUCAGGCCUUUAUGUAUAAAACUGCACAAAUUCAGCUACACAGGUAAAAUAAUCACCCGGAUAGACAGUAAAGUAUUUUCUGUUGUACGAAAAUGUUUUGAAUAAUUUCAUAAGCAAAAUUUUUGUGUCACAGAUGUUAGCUUUUGGGUUUUUUUAAAAAAGUUUAUUUAAUUCUCAUUACCCUGUAAUUCCUUAAAGCCAACCAUUGCCUUUUGCUGCAUUUCUAUCCUCUUUGAAUGUCAAGGGUUUCCAUAAAUUAACUGAGAAACCCUGUUUUAUGAACACCAUCCUUUAUGUUUCCUGAAAACGACAGUCUUCCUAGUGCAGUGAUACAAUGUAAAUCUCAUCCAAAGUGACAAUCACUUGGUUUAGUGAUUAACAUCUCUAAAACGUCGCUGUUAUGUUGUACUAUUAGACAAGCUGAGCACUGGGAGACAUGCAAGUUAAUUUUGCAGAGGAUUACGAAAAUGUUGAUUGUCAAAUCUGUAGUCGGAAACACUUAGUAAUGCAAUACCCUGACAAGGAUGAAUGGUGAAAAGGACCUAAUUUUGCAAAAAAUCAGUGAUGUCAAAGGAUGUACCCCAAUAGGAUUACUCAUAUAAUUGUAGGAACAAUACACAAACUUUACUGUUUAAUUUUUUUUCUUUGUUUGUUUCAUUGUCCAAAGGAUUUUUAAAAUGCUGUUUCCAGAAAAGUAACUUUCCUCCAUCGUUGCUAAUUUGUUUAGGAACAUGGUGGGUUGUUUUUUUUUUUCAUCAUUUCAAAUCUUCAAGAUAUUUCUAAGUAAGAACGUGUAACCAAACAUUGAAGGUGCUUCUCAAGAAACUACUAAAUAGAUUUAUAUAGCACCUCUGCUAGAAUGGGUCCUAUAUGAUUGUGUAUUAACAGAUGUGUCUUCAUCUAGUCAUUGAAUACACUGCUGUAUGGAAGUAAGGAUGUCCUUACAUAGUUUCUUGUCUGCAAUUAUGUCAUAUUAAAAAUAAUAUAUUGGAUGUUGGUCAUCAGAUGCCAUCCUCAUCUAUUCCCAAACAAUUUGUCUAGUAUGGGUUAGUUACAUCUAUUACUGUAACAUUAUGUGACCAGCAUCACACCCAAAUACAUUUCACAUUGCCACAACAUUGGAUCAGAGGCUCAUUUAUAAGAGAGGGGAUGGGGUAUGUAGAAUUAUAGGCUCUCCCAGCCCAGUCCUCUGGACGGAUUAGCCAUGCUAUAUCAGUGCAUUAAGAGUAAUAGUUCUCGGAGUGGGCAGGAAAAUAUCUCCCUUUGGUGUGGCUCCCCCCCCUUUGAAAUUGAAUCAAGGGGAAAUGAAACAAUUUGUCAUAAUGUUAUACAUACAAGAGCAGAGGAUCACAGGGAUUAAGCUGGGGCAACAAGACAUGUUCAUGCAGGUAUCAUUGGUUGCACAGGUAAAACUCCUUUUUUGGAGCCUGGUUCUAAAGGGGGGGGUUGGGGAGUUAAUAAAAGAAAUUGUAGAUUUCUUGCAUAUAUAUAUAUAUAUAUAUAUAUACCAAUGAAUAAUGCAAGGCAGAAAGUGAAAUAACUUUUGCAUCUUCUGGCAUUUUUUCACCUAGAUCACAUGUAUCUGCCCUGGAAAUUACCCUCUCCAAAAUGCGCUCAUCUUAGCGCUUACGUUGUUGGUACUCAGUGCACCAGAAGUAAGUCUUUUGCCAGUAGGGUGGCCAGGUGUAAAACAGUGCGAUCUAAGGACUGUGCCUAAGAACUAGGCAGAUAGAGGCAUCUGCUAAAAUCCCCUCUUCUAUACAAUUGUUAUGGAAGCAGGAGCCCAGUCCUCCUCCUCCUCCCCCCUCUCCCCCACCCCCAUUGCCAGGGCUUAUGUUUGCACCAAUUGGUAGUAUUUCACACGAGACGUUGUGGCAGGUACCGAACUAGUCCGAUAACCCAUCAGUUACAUUAUGUUUCUGUGCAGAAGAUUUUCAAUGGGGCUUCCUGCCAGGUAAGUUUGCAUAGGAAACGUUACACAAAACGGUCAAAUUGGUGGGGGUUUUUGUUUUGUUUUAUAAACGAAGGCAGAUAAGCUGUGAUACGUAGGCAUAAUUUUCAUCAUUUGCAUUGGAACACCCAUUCAUUUCCGCACACUGGAAAGAGUCUACAGCAUUUGCAAGUGACAUCUGGCCCUUUUUACUCAACUGACUUUUUUAUAAUAUGCAAAGCUAGAGUUUUCUGCUCUCUGCUGUAAUCUUUCUAAGUGACUCCACUGAACCACACAAUCAUUUCAUUCUUCAGCCACAGAAACGCAGCUCCAUUUUGACAACCUGCCGCUGUAACCCUUCACUCCUGCGGAAUAUGAACAUUUUCAUAUAAUGCGCUGGGAAAUAGUGAAGCAGCCCUCGGCUUGCCUCACCAUGCAGGGAGUGCGCGAUCUGCUCUGGACUCUUAAAAAAAAAAUUGCAAGAAAGGGCAGCUCAAGAUUUACAAACUCUCCCUCCGAUUAACUUUGACGAGAACUCGCUUUGUUUGCAAUUUGUGUCAAUUUCUGAAUCUGCAACAGCUUCUGCUUCUUUUAGUAACAUUGCACUUCUGAACUGAGUUUAAUGAAUGUUAAAUUUGCCAAUAAAAUACGGCACCCACAGAAAACUCCUGGAGACUUAAGACCUGGUCCAGGAGAUGCACUCUGCAUGCAAAAACAGGUUAUAACACAGAGAUCUGCCACACCGGUUUCACAAAAGGCUUUUGUGCAAGAGGAAAACAGAGCAGAAGCACAAUGAUGUGUCCAAGACCCCCAAUCUUGUACCCUAUUGAAACCCUGCUGGGAUUUAAAUAUGCCAUCUCUAAAGAUGCUACAUUCCUUAUAGAACAGGUUACAUUCCAGCAGUGUGACCUUCAUGCAACCCUCUCUGCCCCCGCUGCCCUUGAAUUUGGUAAGGAUUUUCUACAACGCUCGUCGGCCCCAUCACCCAUGCAAAAAUGUUAUAUUUCCCCCCCUCUGAAAUUCAGAUGCUAAAACUUCUUUUUGUGUUUUAGGUGAUUUAAAUGCUGUUUUUCGGUAGUGAAUGACUUGGCGACUGUGUAAAAUGCAUCUGUGCUGUAAAUGAAAUGUAAUUAUUUCUGUGUAUCACACAAAAGAAACCAAGGUUGUUGGAGGGUUUUUUUGACAAUUUUGGAGUGGGGGUGGGGAGAUUUGAAACUGAUAUUGUACUUUGGAAAGGCGGUAUAACAAGAUGUGUUACGCUGAAUAAAUCGGACAUCUGAGGAAUAUUUAAAUAAAACUUCUGCAUGCUUGAA